AUGGUUUCUUCGACAGUGUUGUGUCUAGUGUUGCUGCAGGCCGUUGGUGCUCUUGGGUUUCCGGCGACUCUGAAGCUGGAAAGAUCGUUUCCCACCAACCAUGGCGUUGAGUUGAAGCAACUCACGGAAAGAGAUGGUUUAAGACACCAUAGAAUACUACACAAGUAUGCUGAUCCAAAUGUGGUUGUUGGAUUUGAAGCCGUUGGUGCUCUUGGGUUUCCGGCGACUCUGAAGCUGGAAAGAUCGUUUCCCACCAACCAUGGCGUUGAGUUGAAGCAACUCACGGAAAGAGAUGGUUUAAGACACCAUAGAAUACUACACAAGUAUGCUGAUCCAAAUGUGGUUGUUGGAUUUGAAGUAUAUGGAACCUAUGAUCCUUUUGAUGCUGGAUUCCUAUUACUAUCUAUGAUCCAGCAAACUCGUCAACAUCUUCUGCUAUCUUAUGCUAGGACGAAAGAUGUUCUCCAAAAUCCAACUCAUGUUCAGAUAACCAAUGCACCUACGAUCUCCACUAAGGGCUGUAGCACAUCCGAAACAGGACAGAUAAGUCAAACGGAAAGAACACUUGAUGAGAUUAUGGGAUUGGGCAGACAAAUUAUAUCCGUCAUUUCCCAAAUUUCAUCACAAGGGAUUGCACCAAAUUCCUUUGGACAUUGUCUAGCUGGUGGUGAUGGAGGUGGGAUUUUGGCCUUUGGCACACCAGUCAUGCCCGAUCUAGUCUUCACUCCACUUGUGAAGUCAAUGUAA